AUGUUUCACAGAGUUCGAAAAGUCAUGUCGAACACAACCGACCAAGUAUUUUUCCAGUUCACGAUUAGGAACGAAAUAUAUUCUGUUCUAACAGCACUGUCAUCUUCAUUGUCUAUUUUGGGGGGUAUUGGAAUCAUUGCCAUAUACGUAUGGUAGGAUCUCCGCACCUGUGGGAGAGAGUUGUUGGUGUAUCUGAGUCUUAUGGACGUUUUAACCGCGUUUGGUAACAUUCUUGGUGUUGUCUGGUUGCUCUGUCGAGCCGGGACAACCUGUCGUUCCGUGUACCAGAGCAUGGACUUCUGUCGGCUUCACGCUAUUAUAACCAUUUUUUCAAGCAUUAGUUCUUUUCUUUGGAUGAUAAUAAUUGGUGUGAGUUUAAUGAAGAGCAUCCUGUGGAACGCGCCCUCGUUCGCUCGGACACAUAUGAAAGUAUUCUACAUUAUUGCGUGGUCAGUUCCAGGACUGGUUGCCGUUUUGACCCUGUCACUGGACGUGAUCGGUUACGACAAAAACAUCGCCAGUUGGUGCUGGAUUGAUCCGAACACGCCUGCCAUUUUAUUCUGGCAGUUCUUUACCGGAAAGGCAUGGGAGAUGUCCGCCUACCUUCUGACCAUAAUCAUGUACACUGUCGUCCGAUGUUUCCUGCUCAAACAUGCAAAUAAAAGUUUAGCAAAAAGUAAAAAGAAAUCUCGGAAGGCUGCUCUACAAGAAGCAAACCUCAAGCUAACGUUUGUCCCGGUUGUUUUCAUCGUUCUCAGGGUGUGGGGGACGCUUCGAUUUCUGCUGUAUAAUCUGGCUCAUUAUGACGCUCCAUGGAUAUCGUACCUACAGGGCAUCGGCGAUAGUUCCCAGGGAUUUGCCAAUUUUAUCCUUUACUGUGCGUUGACGGACAAGGUGAGGGGAAAGGUGUAUUCUGUCGUUUGUCUGCGUCAGAAAUUUGCACAGUCCACUGAGAAUCCCCAACAACCCCGUACAUCAGCUGUUGAUACACUACCUUCUCCAAACACUGCUGCACGGACAGAAGUCAGUCGGACCACGCGCUUGUCAUUUUCCGCAACCGGGUUAGGGAAAUAGCCGAGUAGUUACGAUUGGGACAGAAGUGUUAAUUAAACUAAGCGAAGACUAUCGAAUUCAUAAAGUACGCUUACUGCAAAAGUAUGUUUUAAAAAAAAUGAGUGGUUCUUUAUACACUCGUCACUAGUAUUAGUAUUAUGUUAUGGCACUGUCCGUGUCUGGCUGGCUGGUUGUCCGUCUGUCCGGUGUCAUGUUUUCCGGACUUUUCCCGUAACAUAUGCAUGUACAACUUUGAAAUUUAAUCACAAUUUCUCUCUCUAGAAUUGUAGGAGUUUGCAUUUCAGCUGGAUUGGUCUAUCCUUGACCUACUUUAGGGCUAUAAGUAGGUCAAAUAGUUUCUGGACUUAUUUUCUUACAGAUACAGAUAUUGCCCUGAAAUUUACACGUAAGCUUCCUCUCAGAGGAGUACAAGUUCAGUUUUCAUUUCAGCUGGAUUGGUCCGUCCGUCCGUGACCUACAUUAAAACUAAAAGUAGGUCAACCAGUUUUCCGGGCUUUUUUCAUUAUGGAUACAUAUAUUGCCCUGAAAUGUAGUCAACGGCUUCCUCUUGGAGGUUUACAAGUUCAGUGGUUCGAUUCCAUGUUAAGGAAAGCAAUCCGAACUAGAAACACUCAAAAAGCAAUAAAAUCAAAAAAAAAGGAAAAGCACUGGAUAAAUUAUAGGAGAGUUCGAAAUAAGGUCAAUAACAUGAAAAAACAUGCUAUUCUUAACUACUACAAUAACAACACAUCUAAACGACCGCUCAAAAAAUAAUACUAAAAUAUAUUGGAAAUUAAUUAAAGAGGUUUUUCAAGUUAAAGCAAAUAAUGAUAUUCCGCCUAUACAAGUUAUUUCCGAUAAUGGUAUCAAUAUGCUAGCGUUUUCAGAUAAAGAAAAAAAUAGAAGUAUUGAAUAGAUAUUUUUCUUCAAUAUCAAAUAUCAACGACACAGGCCAAAAUCUACCAAACUUAUACUCCUUAUGCAAUGACAGUCUUAAUGAUAUUUUUAUCGAUCAAGAAGUUAGAGAUAUAAUUUCCACUCUCCUCGUAAACAAGGCUUUUGGGCCCGAUAUCAUACAUGUAAGUCAUAAUAGAAUACUGAAAUUAACAAUGCACACUAUUUCUAUACCACUCUGUAUGCCUUUCAAUAAAUCUCUGCGUGAAAAAUCCUUUCCAAGAUGCUGGAAAGUGGCUCAUGUUUUACCUCUUUUUAAAGAGGAAGACGCGUCUUUGUCAUGCAAUUAUAGACCAGUGUCCCUUUUAAGUUGUGUUAGCAAAGUUAUGGAAAGAAUAAUUUUUAAACAUGUAUACAAUUAUUUUCACAAAAAUAAUCUAUUUUACAAAUAUCAAUCAGGAUUUUUGCCUGGUCAUUCUACAGUUUUCCAAUUACUAGAGACUUAUCAUAGCAUUGUAAAAAGUAUCGAUGAUGGAAAAUCUUGUUGUAUGGUCUUCUGCGAUCUAUCUAAAGCAUUUGAUAGAGUUUGGCACAGAGGUCUUUUAUUUAAACUACAUACUUAUGGAUGGAUGUAACUCACAUGACAGCGAUCUGUUAGAGAAGGUCCAAUUAUAUGCGGCACGAAUUAUGGCCUUCCUAUACUAGCUUUUAGAGAUUCAACUGGCUUCUUCAAUUAAACAGUUUCGUAAAAACGUUAGCUCUAAUAUCAGCAAUCCCCCCCCCCCCCCUGUAUACUUUUCAUAUGGUUCUCGUCUGUUGAAUAUAAUUCAUACCAAACUGAGGCAUAUAUGUACAUGUAUUUUGAAUUAUGAUCUUUAUAAACGCAAUAUUGUUGAUUCUCCAUUAUGUUCUUGUGGCAUGCGUAAAGACGCAUGUCUUAUCUACUGAAUUGAAUAAUUGUAUUUUCUCUUAUGUUCAGACGUAUGUUCAUGAAACCAAAAGAUUUGGUUGCUGAUCAUAUCGUAUUCCAUUGUUUAUCUAUAGAACACUUACCAUUAUGUAUUCUGUGUAUAUUAUUUUUAAUGACAAUUGUGUAACAUGUAUUAGAUUAUAAGGAGAAGAACUCGUAAGUUGUAAGAACUUGCUUCUGAUCCUUUUGUAUAUAUUAUAUACAAUAAAAUACGUUCAAAUCAAA